AGGGAGAAAAAGGAGAAACAGGGAUACCAGGGAAAGAUGGAAAUGCUGGCAUUAAGGUAUUAUUGACAUGUUCUGCCCUUUAAAUGGAAGUGUUUAGUUUCUAGAUCCAUAUCCUUCCAUAAAACGUCAUUGAAUAUAUUGAACAAUGCAAAAUCAGCAAAAUCAUAACCAGACCAGUUAACUUUAUUUUGAUCUCCACCACAGUAAAGACAAGCAAACUGGCUAUUCUCUCAGCAUUUUGUAAUAAAAAUAACAAUGAUAAUAAUAUUAAUAAUAAUAGUAAUAAUAAUAACAAUAAUAAUAUUCAUAACAAUGUUUAAAGAAGGAGCCCAACUUUCCAUAGCGGUUUUCAGUGGGUCCCUCAUUAAAGUUACUAAAGUAAUUAAUUUAAUUUAUUGCUAGAUUAAAAGUAAAAACUGGCUCAAAAAUUAAAAAAGAGUGAAGAUCAUAAAAUUCGAAGUAUAAAGUACAACUUCUCCCCAGAGAAAGAGGUCCCCAUAACAUUGUUCCUUAUUUUAACCCUAAGGUUGCUGAAAACAAUUUCUCUGGAAAUGCUUUAUGUAUUUACUAUGCAUGUUAAAUUCGUGCUCCGUAACACCUGACCAAGUAGUUUUUAAUCAUGAGGAGAUAUGCAGCCAAUGAGCUUUUGAAGAAAAAAGUGCGAGGACAGGUUGAGAAGAAUGCUUAGAAGUUUUCUACUUCAACUUCAAUACUCUUUAACGCUUUCACAUCUAAAAGAGACUAAUAAUGCAGAAAAUAAAAAAAAUGAAAAAAAUAAUAGAAAUACGAAUAAGGAUAAUUUAACUAACGUUGCAUAGAUGAUUACAAAAGUUUGGGUAACUGUCUGCUCUUAUUAUCAAAAAUAAAAAGAUUCCAUUCACUUAUAGUUGUCAGUUUUUGCCAGUUGUCUUUGAUUUGUUGACUUUCAAAGGCAAUGUAGACAAACGACAAUAAUUUUACUUUAAAAUCUACCCAUUAAGAUUUAACGAAAUUUAGCAGAAAUCCUCUUCAUGUCGUACUUUAGUCAAUGAAAGCCUCAAAUAAACAACAAACACAUGAAUUUUGUGACGCGAAAGCUAUUUUGAAUUCUUAAAAAUAUCAAGAACUGUUUGUUGCAAUUUGGUUAAGGUGCUUUUAAAAUAUGAGACUUACUAAUAGUAAGGAAAUCCAGGGACUGAAUUUUGAGUAAACCUAACAAUUUAAAAAUUUUAGGUUUCUUUUCAACCGUCCGUGUUGCAACGAUCGAAAUCUUACUUUUAACUUUAAUAAUGAAUGUAAUGUCUUUAAUAUAUUUUGCCCUUGUCAAAUUUGAGCUUUAUAUUUGUAACCAGCAACGAGUCUUAAAUAACAUCCCAACGAAUGGUAAUGAUUAUCAAACCGUCUUUAGUCACCUUAAAAUCUGCAGGCUUGGCCUUUAAAUUAGUUUAUUCCGGCCUGUUUCCUGUCCUUUUUCAUUAAUUUCAUCUGAUCAUUAGUUUCACGUUUUUUUUUCGUACUUUUCAUUAUCUCUAUUUCUUAUCUAUUAUCUUCAUCAUCAUUGUUGUCACUAUUUUCUUACGGUUCAAUAGCUUUAUUAUUAAUUAUUUAUUAUCUUGUGUGGUUAUCAUUAUUUCUGUUGUAGGGGGAGAAAGGAGAACCAGGAAUGGAUAAAAACAGUAAUGGUGGUGUUAAGGUAAGCGUAACUUUAUACUUCUUAAGUUGAAGACAGAAAUGACUAAUUUUCAGAGUCCAAAACAAAAUGGAAGUGCGCAUGCUCUAUCCUUAGAGCGACAAACGACUCAUUCAAUUUUCUUUAGUAGUCUUGCUUUUGUGCAGUUGUAAAUGUUACUCGGUUUAGGUCAAAUUGAUUUCUCCAAAACUAUGGAUUCCUUUCUGAUGUAAAACAAGUACCGCAUGAUCUUUAAAAUCAGAAGCAUAUAACCCCGAACGGAGUUAUAUGCUUCUGUUAAAAUCUUCAUUAUUUUUUUUUCUUUUUGUAUCGCUAAAGGACAAAGUUGCGAUCAGUUCGUAUAAUUACCGAGAUCUUUUAGCUAUCUUCUUGAAUAUUAAAAGAUCUUCAUCAUUAAUAAUUUCUUUUGAUUUCUUCACAAAGGGUGAGAAAGGAUCUCGUGGUGGCAAAGGAUCACAAGGAGAGAAGGGAUCACAAGGACAAAAAGGAAUGCCGGGAACGUGUGAUACAAAGGUAAAUGUCUCAAAGCAUUUUCCAGACUUUCACUCUCUAUAACCCUUAUGCAUUAAUAAUUCUUAUACGAUAAGCCGUCAAUUAAAUUACCAUAGACUUGAUAUACGUCUUGCAUCUUCUUUUUCCUGUUAUUUUUAAAGGGAAGAGCGUGCGCAAGUGAGCGGCAAGGCCAUGACAAGUGACAAUCGAGCUUUUUACUGGUACAAGUCAGCUCGCAUGUCCCACUAAUUUAAGGAAACAAGAACAAAAUAAUGCUCGUAGUCUAUGUUUACUGACACCAAACAUGAUGCUAUCAUUAGAUUAGCACAAUGUCAUUCGGACAGCGGGAGCCUUUUUACAUCCCUUAAUGUCCGGUCAAGGGAGAUUUCCGAUAGAAAAAGUUGAAGGUACAUAUGUUAAACCCUAUAGUUUCCAUAAAUAACUACAUUAUCAGAUUGUUAGCUUUGUUAUUUAAUUAUAUUUUGACCUUUUUAUUUUGCCUUUUAGAGCAAAUCGAAGUGCUGUUUAGCCGGUAUGAAUAUUAUUUAUUACUGUUAUCUACGAUGUACAUGUACGUUGAUUCAGUGAAAAGAAGAGUUGCUGAAUUUUAAUUUCAUGAAAACGUGGCUCCUUCACAUUAAAAUUGCAAAAACACAACACAUGAGUUACAUGUACGUUUCUACCUUAUUUUUUCAAUUUAUUCUAGUUGUUUUUUAUAGUAAUUGCUUGAUAAUAAAGAUUUGCAACAUUUUUUUUUCUUGUGAAAGAUUGCUCUAUUGGAUUCCACUUCUUUGAGAAAGUUCAAGAUCUUCCAACCCGAGGAGCAGCAGAUGUGGAACAUUUCACCAUUGAUGGAAGCUUGUUUCUUGCUUUUGCUAACUGUCAUGGGGACAUUAAAAAAUUCAAGACAGGUUCCAUGAUCUACAAGAUGGACAAUUCAACUGGAAGAUUGUCUUUGUACCAGACCCUUCAGGCAAGAGGAGCUAUUGAUCUGGAGUACUUUUCUAUUGCUAACAAACAUUUCCUUGCUGUGGCUAAUCAUUACGAUGGAACAUACCGGCUGGACUCUACAGUCUAUCAAUGGAAUGGAAAGCUGUUUGUCGACUUUCAGAAAUUGUCAACAAACGGAGCAAGCCACUUGACGUACUUCAAGAUACAUGGAAAAAAUUUUCUCGCAGUAGCAAACUACCAUGACGGAAGUACCCACUCUACAAAGUCAGUUAUCUACGAAUGGAGCGGCGGCAAGUUUAACAAAUUUCAAGACAUACCAACUGAAGGUGCCUUGGGAUGUACGGCGUUUGUGAUAAACGGUGACACAUUCAUCGCUUUUGGAAACCAGUACAACUCCCAACACAAGUAUUCUGUUCAGUCCACUGUGUUCAAGUGGUCAGGAGGUCACUUUGUUAAACUGCAGUCUCUUCAGACUUACGGAGCGCGCGGUGUUAAGUCUUUCAACAUCAACGGUCACACGUUCCUCUCUUUUGCUAACCAAUAUUCUGGAAGUAAACGCAACACCAAUUCGUUCAUUUACAAGUGGAAUGGUAACAAGUUUGUCCUGUUCCAGUCCAUUCCUACUCGAGGAGCCAUCGCAUGGAGUCCAUUUGUGAUCAGCGCUCAAACUUACCUUGGUGUGGCUAAUCACUAUGGUGAUAGUCAGAAGUACAACACCAAGUCAGUUGUGUACCAGGCCUCUGGAGCGAAGUUCAUCAAGUACCAAGAGAUUCCCACACAUGGAGCGCAUGGUAUGACGUCAUUUGAGUACAAAGGUCAUACUUACCUGGCAGUUGCAAACUACUACAAAGGCCAGAAGCACAACAUAAACAGCGCCCUGUACAAGUGGGUAUAGAGCACAACGCCAAGGUCCAAGCAUAAACGAGAUGUUGCGUAGCAAUGCACUAAAACAUUUCAUUUGCUAACCUAAGUAAAAAGAAACUUUAAACGUGGCUGUCUGUCCAUUAAGAAGGGUGCUUAUGCGAAGGGAAUGAUACAAUAACCACAAUUUUUUAGCUGAUUAAGUGAAAUGUUAGAAAACAGCGAUUAGUUGCAAUAAAGAUGUGCUUGGAAC